UCCCUGGGUGGGGGGGCUUAAUCGCCCCGCCUGGCCUCAGCCUUGGCGUCAGGUGCUAUCGGGGCUCCGGCGGAAGAAAGAUUUGGGCCGGUGGGGGGCCCCGCUAGAGCUCCGGAGAAGGGAGGCAGGCCGGGCUCCUGGCCUGGUUUUUAUAGGGUUGCCCUCCUUGAAGAGCAGGGAGAUGAGCUCGGGGCUUGGGCUGGUUUGGCCAAGUGGCAGGACCGUGACCGGGGUGCCGCUGUGUAACGUAGCAUCUUUCUGCCGCCGCCGCUGCUUUUUGAAAAGGUGAAUUCUAGAUGGAAGCCGGCAUGGGCUCCCCUUGCCGUAUGGAGACAACAAGGCAUCUACGUCGAGCCUUCGCUCUUUCCUCUCUUAGAUAAUUAUAGGAAGUCUCCCUCUGUAAGCUAGCUGGCUUUCCCUGCUAGACCUAUAGACUAAUGCUCGGCCAUCAUCAAAAGUGAAAGGAUGAUGCCCAAACUCAAGGGCUUUGAAUUUUGGAAAAACACACUGAGAGGGGCCCGUUUUGUGGUUGCUCCUAUGGUGGAUCAAAGCGAACUGGCUUGGAGACUGUUAAGCCGCCGUCAUGGGGCCCACCUAUGUUAUACUCCUAUGCUGCAUGCUCAGGUCUUUGUCAGAGAUGCCAAUUAUCGUAAGGAAAACUUGUAUUGUGAAGUGUGCCCUGAAGACAGACCUUUGAUUGUACAGUUCUGUGCCAAUGAUCCAGCAGUGUUUGUCGAGGCUGCCUUGUUAGCUCAAGACUAUUGUGAUGCAGUUGACCUGAAUCUGGGGUGCCCUCAGAUGAUUGCAAAAAGAGGUCACUAUGGAGCAUUCCUGCAAGAGGAGUGGGACCUUCUCCCAAAAAUGAUUGCAUUGGCCAAUGAAAAGCUCUCUGUACCUAUUACAUGCAAAAUCCGUGUUUUCCAAGAAAUUAGUAAAACUGUGAAAUAUGCUCAAUUGCUGGAGAAAGCUGGUUGUCAACUUCUAACUGUCCAUGGCCGCACUAAAGAACAGAAGGGACCUCUGGUUGGUGUGGCUUCCUGGGAGCACAUACAGGCUGUGAGAAAGGCUGUAAACAUCCCCGUUUUUGCAAAUGGAAACAUUCAAUACCUCAAAGAUGUGGAACGGUGUAUUCAGAAGACAGGCGUUCAGGGUGUUAUGAGCGCAGAGGGCAAUCUUCAUAAUCCCGCUUUAUUCGAAGGAAGACAUCCAGUCGUCUGGGAGAUGGCUGAGGAAUACCUAGAAAUAGUACAGCAAUAUCCUUGCCCAUUGUCCUAUGUCAGAGCUCAUCUCUUCAAGCUUUGGCAUCACACGCUGCAGGUUCACCAGCAGCUACGUGAUGAAUUAGCAAAAGUGAAGACACUGGAAGGAUUAGUGGCUGUCAACAGGGAGCUCAAGUUGCAUUGCCAGAAAGAAAUAGCACAUUUGAAGGAAGAAGAGAAGCCAAAGGGAGGAUUACCUUUCUUCCACUGGAUUUGUCAGCCAUACCUAAGACCAGGGCCUAAGAAAACGUGCAACAAAAGUGUCCCAUCUAGCAUAGAAGGAAGUACUCGGGGAAAACGAGCUCUAGAGGAUGAUGAAGAUGGGAACUCUGAUUCUCUCUCAAAAAACAAACAAAAGAAGAAGUUAAGGAAUCCCAACAAAAGCUUUGAUCCAUCAUUAAAACCGAAAUAUGCAAAGUGUGAUCAGUGUGGAAAUCCAAAGGGUAACAAGUGUGUAUUUAAUCUGUGUCGAGGCUGCUGUAAGAAAAGAGCUUUCAGAGAGACAGCAGAUUGUCCUGGUCACGGUCUACUUUUUAAAACCAAACAUGAAAGGUCUAUUUUGUGGAAAAGUGGCCAAUCCCAUAUGGAAAAUAUUAAGCGGACAACACAGCAAGGUGAGGUGGAGGAAGCAAUGUUGCUUAAAGAGGCUAUCAACGGUGUGGCAUGAGGCCUUGGAAAGCCCUCCUGGAUCUUCGAACUGUCCUCCCCCCCCCCCCCGCCAAAGAAACCUCUGCUUCCAGAACACAGCUGUUGACACCACAAGGCCUGUUUUAAAAUUAAUGACAAAUUUUACUUAAGAAAAAGAUACUUUCUCAGGGAAAUGUCCUGUAAUGGAAAUAAAAGGAUGCAAUUAAAGUUUUCACGCUGUGUUGAAAAGACUUCAAAGACUGGGCCAGAUGUACUGGCCUUACAAUGCUGCAUUGGAGACAUCUCUAAAGAUACAACCUGCCUGUUUUAAACUUUAUGUAUGGUUUUAAAAUUGGCAAAUAAACCUUUUGUAAAAGUAGCGUUCUGGAAUAUUAUAACUAAAACACAAGGCACAGUAUGUGCAAACUCUAAAUAAAAAAAAUAAAAGUUUGUUUGGAGCUGGCAUUGGGCUCAGACAGGAUAGGUGUAAAAGGACAGUAAAACUCAAGAGGAAAGGCAUAAUUAACAGGACAUUAGACCAUUGGAUUUAGAUUCUUGUGUUUAUAGUUUAAUGAAUCUGCAACUAUGCCUUUGUUGGAAGACUGCAAAUAAGCAAGUCAAAUGAUGCCAAAAAUGAAAGCCGCACAUUCAUGUUUCAUGUUAAUUUUGAACAGUGAAAAGACAAUGUUUCUACUACUAGCACAGAGGUGGGUAAUCUAUGGCUUCUGACCUAAGUUGAUACUGCUCUUAGCUUGAUUUCCAAGUUCCCUUUUAAGAUUCUGUAAUGAUAGCUAAUUCUUGCCUUGCAACCUGUUAGUCCAGAAAGAAAAUGGGAAUUUCCACUGAAGUUUAGCUUUGGUCUCAGCUUACUUGCCCAAUCUUGGAUAACUCCAGUGGAUUAUCCCUUAAGAGAGGUGGCCCUAAUAGGAUACCUCUGUGGUGGUAUAUUGGAGCAGUUAUAUGCAUCGUAAAGGACAUUGGCUAAGAAUAAGCCCAUUCUUUAAUUAAAGUUACUUGGGGAAGAGUUUAGGACCAUUUACUAAUCUUUUUCAAAGGAGACAUAAAAGAUUUCAUUCUAAAAUAGCUGCACUAAUAAUACAAAGUUAUUUGCUUUCAAGAGCUACCAAAGUUUUCAGCAUUCUGAAAGCCCAUGAAUCAGUCCAUGAAUAUUGACGUGUUUGUGAACCAAUAUUGCUGAAAGAGUAAUUCUCAUUAUAAAAACCCACAAACACCUCCACUCUGGAUAUCAGAUAGGCCAUUAGGACAACUUACAUUAUUUACCCUUAAAUGGAUGUCCAAGUAAAUGUUAUUACAGUAGUAACUUUUAAGUAUUUGGGCACUUGAAGAACCAGAAAUAACUCAGUAAAAAAUCCUGUUACUAUAUUGUGAUCCAGAAAGAUUUUUUUUCUAACAGCUUUAGAAAUUACCUUACGGUAGCAAUGAUAUGCCAUGAGUUGCAUGCUGUUUACUUGGCCAAGAACAGCCCUUGACCUUAAGGCCAUUUAGGAGAAUUUGCAAAAUACAGCAGGUGGAACCAGAUAUAUUUUAUUUCUAUGUAAACAAAUUAAAUACGAAUGCAA